AUGCCGCCGCCCCCGCCGAUCCCGCCCACCUGGCCAAUACCCAAAUUCACCUUUCAUGUCGAAGAUGUUGAGCACCGAGGAGCUCUCCUAGUAUUUGAGCAUAUACUCGCGCCGACCGCCCUCCGUGAAGCAGUUAUAUCCGGUACAUCUCUACCUUUACUCCUGAUGCUAUGGUCUUGCGUUGAAGAUCGCAGUUUACGCACAUCUAUAUACACCUCAGACUGUUCCGACGACGUGAGCGACCAGCCCGGAUAUAGCGUCUUUGAUUGCACACUCGCGGUUUCGUUAUCCAGUGCUGAAAUGGUCACCGUGUCCUUCCGGUCCAUGCCAGGUGUCGCCUAUACAACCGGCAGCAGUACCCAUAAAGAGAUUCACGUCUCACUGGAGCACAUCGACAAAUCCGCCUCGCGCGCCCGGGCCGAGAUUCUAGGCGUACUCACGCACGAGAUGGUCCAUUGCUUCCAGUACAACGGCAAGGACAAGUGUCCGGGAGGUUUGAUCGAAGGCAUCGCGGAUUAUGUGCGGUUGCAUGCUGGUCUCGCACCUCCGCAUUGGUCGAAGAAAGUGGGCGAGAACGAUAAAUGGGACUCGGGAUACGAGAAAACAGCGUACUUUCUCGACUGGAUAGAAGCGCGCUCAGGGGAAGGAACUGUGAGGGCGCUGAACCACGCCUUGAGGGACAAGGAGUACACCAGUGAUAUCUUCAUUGACGUCACUGGGUGUGCCCUGGAGCAGCUAUGGGAGGACUAUCGGAUAUCCCAGUCAUGA